CCUUCGCAUGUUGGAAUAUUAGGAUAACUGGAGCAUCGAUGAUCAAAAUUGCAACAUGCGAACUACAAGUUGGUGAGGAUCCAAAAGUCUUCACUUCAACCUUUCCUCAUCUCUUUGUUCAGUUCUGGGUUUGUUUGCGACUUCAACUCAUGAGGUCAACAAAAUGUCAAUUUCUCAGUAGGAUGAGGGGGUUUGUUUACGCGUUUCUCGUCCUGGUUCUAUGUGAUUGUGCUGUGGGUGUUGCUAAAGAAUGCACCAACCAGCCUACACAAUCACAUACCUUUCGGUAUGAGUUAUUGACGUCCGAAAAUCAAACAUGGAAGACAGAGGUGAUGUCACAUGAUCUUUUGACACCAGCAGACGACUCUGCUGGGGAAAGCUUGGUACCAAGGAGAUUCUUGAGGGGCAAAGAGGAGCAAAAUGACUGGGCAGUGAUUUCGAGGAGAAUUAAAAGUUCGGGUUUGUUCAAGCCACCGGAAGGGAUCCUCAAAGAAGUGUCUUUGCAUGAUGUGAGAUUGCAUCCGGACACAUUCCACGCCCGGGCACAGCUUACAAAUUUGGAGUAUCUAUUGAUGUUAGAUGUGGACAGGUUGCUGUGGAGCUUCAGGAAGACGGCUGGUUUGCCCGCUUCUGGUAUGCCUUAUGGAGGCUGGGAAAGUCCAGACAGUGAGCUCCGAGGUCAUUUUGUUGGGCACUACUUGAGCGCUUCAGCUUUGAUGUGGGCCAGCACACACAAUGAUAGCCUAAAGGAGAAAAUGUCGGUGCUUGUUUCCAAUCUAUCUACUUGUCAGGAGAAACUGGGCACAGGAUAUCUCUCAGCAUUUCCUUCUGAGUUUUUUGACCGUUUUGAAGAUGUUAAGCCUGUAUGGGCUCCCUAUUACACCAUUCACAAGAUCAUGGCUGGCCUGCUGGAUCAAUAUACUAUGGCUGGAAACCCUCAUGCUCUGAAAAUGGUGACAUGGAUGACUGAAUACUUCUACAGCCGUGUGCAGAAUGUGAUUACAAAGUACAGUAUAACUAGACAUUAUCAAUCACUGAAUGAGGAAACUGGAGGAAUGAAUGAUGUCCUUUACAAAUUAUACGGCAUAACAGGAGAUCCUAAACAUCUCUUGUUGGCUCACCUUUUUGACAAGCCAUGCUUUUUAGGGUUGCUUGCUGUGCAGGCUAAUGACAUUGCAAAUUUUCAUGCUAACACACAUAUUCCAGUUGUUAUUGGAUCUCAAAUGCGGUAUGAAGUCACUGGUGAUCCGCUCUAUAAGGAAAUUGGAACAUUCUUUAUGGAUAUCGUUAACUCGUCUCACAGUUAUGCAACUGGAGGGACAUCGGUCAGUGAGUUCUGGCAUGAUCCAAAGAGAAUGGCAGAGAACCUGAAAACAACAGAAAAUGAAGAGUCAUGCACAACUUAUAACAUGUUGAAGGUUUCACGGAACGUAUUUAGGUGGACCAAGGAGGUAUCAUAUGCAGAUUAUUAUGAGCGUGCUUUAACAAAUGGUGUUUUGGGGAUUCAAAGAGGUACAGAUCCUGGAGUAAUGAUAUAUAUGCUGCCACAAGGUCGUGGGGUAUCCAAGGCUAAAACUUGGCACGGUUGGGGAACAAAGUUUGAAUCUUUCUGGUGCUGCUAUGGAACAGGGAUUGAAUCAUUCUCAAAGUUGGGGGAUUCUAUUUACUUUGAAGAAGGAGGAAAGAACCCUACACUUUACAUCAUUCAGUACAUAUCAAGCUCCCUUAAUUGGAAAUCCGGCGGUGUCAUGCUUCAUCAAACUGUAGUUCCUGCUACUUCAUGGGAUUCUUACCUUAGAGUUACAUUGACGUUUUCUCUUGUAGAGGGGACUGGCACGUCAUCCAUGUUGAACUUCCGAAUACCAACAUGGACACAUCUGGAUGGUGCCAAGGCAAUUUUAAACGAUGAGAUUUUAUCUCUUCCAUCUCCAGGAAACUUCUUGUCAGUCACACGAAAGUGGAGUUCCAGUGACAAGCUGACCCUUCAAUUGCCCAUUACUCUUAGAACAGAGGCUAUAAAAGAUGACAGGUCAGAAUAUGCUUCAAUACAAGCAAUUCUUUAUGGUCCUUAUCUUCUUGUUGGUCAUACCACUGGUGAUUGGGACAUCAAAGUUGGGUCAAAUGCAUCAUCUAUUACUGAUUGGAUUAUUCCAGUCCCUUCAAGUUACAACACUCAACUAGCAACUUUUUUCCAAGACUUUCAUGAACCGACCCUUGUUUUAACAAACUCAAAUCAAUCUCUUACGAUGGAAAAAUUACCUGAACCUGGCACAGAAUCUGCUCUUCAUGCGACCUUUAGACUCAUCUUCAUGGAAUCUUCUUCAGAGCAUUCAACCUUGCGAGACGCAAUUGGCAAAUUGGUGAUGUUAGAACCAUUUGAUCUUCCUGGGAUGCUCUUGAUGCACCAAGGAACAGAACAUCCUCUUGUCAUUGCAGAUUCUUCCCAUGGUGGGUCCUCUAAUGUCUUUCUUGUGGUAGCAGGAUUGGAUGGACAAAAUGAAACCAUAUCCUUUGAAUCCAAAAACAAUAAGGGUUGCUUUGUGUAUAGCGGGGGCUUUCGUGCAGGUGUGAUGCUCAAAUGUAAAUCUGAUUUUAAUAUUAUUUUCAACCAAGCAGCCAGUUUCAAAGCAAAAGAGGGACUAAGCCAAUACAAUCCUAUCAGCUUUGUGGCUAAAGGGGCAAAUAGAAAUUUCCUUUUGGAGCCAUUAUUUUCCUUGAGAGAUGAACCUUAUACGGUUUAUUUCAACAUUCAAGCUUGAGAUAUGGUUCUUCUUCUCUAGUGGUUUAUAUAAUUAUAAAUGUGUUGGGAAUCAAAUGGUAAAUAAAGUUAUUGGUAUUAUGGUCUCUCUUUUUAUUAAGAUAGUGUUUAUUAGUAGAUUUUGUUUGUAGGAAAUAAUCUGUAGUAACAUGAACAAUUGUUGUACAGAAAGUCAUUGGGGAGGAACUAUCCAUAAUGAAUCAUUAUAUUUAUUAAAGCUUUUUGCUUCAACAAAAAA